UCCCAUCAGUUGUUCAGUCUCAAGGCCAACAGCACCAGACAAACAUCAUGAAAUUCAUGGCUCUCGCUCUCACCCUCCUGCUGGCAGUGGGCUGCCAUGCUGCCUCCAUGCAGAGUGAUGCAGACUCCCAGAUGGAUGACAGCGGACCUGCUUUGAUUGUCUUCCUGGAGAAGGUGAAGAACAUUGUGGAGAACGCCCUGGCCAACCUCAGUGACACCGACCAUGAGAAAUUCAAGGAUCAGCUAUCUAAUGACCUGGAUAUGAUACUCAACCUAAUUAAGAACCUUACAGCUGAGCCUUACAUUUAUGCACUUUCUGACCUGAUCAAAGAAGCCACUGCUGCUGUCCAUGAGUUCAUCCAUACUGAAAUACAUAGCCUGCGCACUGACCUAGAGAACCGACGUAUUAACCUGAAUACUGUCCUGUGGAAACAUGUCAAUAGGAUCCUCAUCAAGGUGAAUCCAAUCAUCACCGAGUAUGCUAGGAAGCACAGGGCUGGCAUUGACGCUCUGACGGCCAAGCUGGGGCCCCUGGUCAUGGAGAUGAUCACAAUGUUGCUUACCGCUCAGGAUGACACCAGAGAAAUCAUGAAACCCAUAGGGGAGGCUUUGGACAAGUUGGACUGGUCCCUGCAGGACCUGAGGACAAUGGUUGAAACCUAUGUGGCUGUUCAGUUGAGAGAGGCCAUCACCGUGGUAGAACAAGUGACCAUUGAACCCUCAACCCAGUCCCCUGCUGAGGGAAGCAGUUGGGGGGUGAGGUCCACUUCCACGGAGACACACGGCCCUCACACCUUCCCCUCCCUCCCACAAGGCCUCACCCCUCACCCAGGCACUAUAAAAAGUCGGCUCUCUCCACAGUUGUUCAGUCUCAAGACCAACACCACCAGGUAA